CGACUGUCUCUUCGUGAACUAGAAUGUAAUGCUGAGAAAAAGAAUGACUUUCUCAAGGCAUGGAAACUGAUUCAGGAACUGCCACCAACUAAUCCGAACUCAUUCUGGUCAAUAGCAUCAUACCAUGGCAUGCCAUUCAAAGGCCGUCAAGUUCCACUGCUUGGGGAUGAAAGUGAGAAGGACUCCAGUGGCACUGGUAAGGAUGAGGGUCUAGAAAAGGUCAGAACGUGGGGUGGCUACUGCCAACAUGCCAAUGUUCUCUUCCCAUUUUGGCACCGACUUUAUUGCCUUCGUUUAGAACAGGCACUGCAGUCAGUACUGGAAAGGGGGAAAGAACGAGUGGCAUUGCACUACUGGGAUGAAUCAAGCGAAGAAACCAAGAAGUACGGUCUGCCCGACAUAGUCACAGCCGAGUAUGUGUACAUUGAUAAGGAGCUUGUGCCAAAUCCCCUGUUCAAAUUCAAGCUGCCCAUGCCCAUCAAAGAUGAUGUUCCAAACACUGAUCCAGAUAGCAAGUUUUAUGAGAAAGAAGUUGGCUAUGACACCUGCAGGUAUCCAUACUCGGGCAUCCGAAGUCCUGAUGCUGCUAAGGCGGCCGCUUUAGCUCACAAUGACACUAUAGAUGGGACACAGGCGAUACCCCUUUUACAAGACAACAUCAUCGGCUGGCUAAAUGAGGGUCUUAAGAAAGGAAAAUCAGCUUAUGUCGGUGUUGCCAAGCAGUUUAAAGAUUGCCUUGAGACACCAGAGUACAAUCCAUUCUCAAACACGACAUCUGUUCGUUGUGAUCCUUCAUUUACUUCACUUGAGCAGCCACAUAAUGAUCUACAUUUGGCCGUAGGUGGAUUCACACAACCGGAAACUAAUGAAGAUGGAAGCGUUAAACAGGAUUCCCAGGGAAACAUCAUGUGGAAAGGUCCAAUUGAAGGAGCAAAUGGUGACAUGGGUGCAAACGAGGUGGCUUCGUACGACCCAGUUUUCUUCUUGCAUCACUGCAACAUUGAUCGCAUGCUUUGGGUCUGGCAGAAGAAGCAUAAGAAGACGAAUCCGAGCACAUUCACCAUUGACAACAGUGAUGAAGAGGACAAAGGCAUCUCGAACAGCAGCCAAGGUGCUACUCCCCACCAGACAUGGGGCCAAAAGCUAAACGAGAAAACCAUUCUUUACCCGUUUCAAGAUGAGUACGGUGUCCCUCGAACAUCCAGCGAUUGCAUCGACAUUGUCGAUCAGCUUGGUUAUGAUUACUCCAUUGGCUCGCUGGAUCAAGAACACUGGCCUAAACCUGAAAGAGUAAAGACCGACGUCUCCCUGCUACGUACGCCGAGCACACGCUGGCAGGAUAUUUUUGAUAAGCUGAAAAAGGAAAGCCCCACUGUCACAGGUCUCCAACGCUUCCGACUGAUAUUUGACCUUACUCACCUUCCUGCAAUGACGGCACCUUUUCCUGAUCGUGACAAGUUGAAAUAUUUUAUUCAGGUCCAGGAUGUCAACAAGGACAAGAUUUCAGGAUCUUUCCUUGUGCAAGUGUUCUACAGAGCCAAUACUGGAAAGCUCUACUGUCUGGGACAGCGCGGUGUUCUGUCCAGGUGGAACAGAAGCAACUGCGCUAACUGCCAGGGACGCAGGAUGGCUGACAUCUCCAUUCCAAUCAGAGGAGGCGACGGUGCUCCGUUUGACCCUCAGAACCGAGAGAACCGAGAGAACCUAGAGGUGCACCUUGUGAGUAAGGACGGGAUGACCGGUAAGUACAAAAGAGAGAUUAAGCUCACCGGCAAAGAUCUUACUGAACCGGUAGUGCCGUUUGCUGCCAGAAGUGCUCCUGGUGAGCAAAAGCCUUCACUUCGCAUCUUCGCGCUUGCAUCAUGA